UUCAAUCUCAACUUCCACAAACCACUCUCUACCGGCUCUGUCGAGAGGACAUUAUGGAGUCUACGAAUCACGCGGGUGUCGAAUGCCUCCAAGGCAAACAUACAACCGCUGAUGUGAUGAAACCAAUGACGGUCGACAAAGCGAAGAAAGUCUCAAGGACUGUCAAAGGUUCUACAGUCACUACGACGGCGGUGGAGAAUACCGAGAAGCCUUGCCACUUCCUCGAACUUCCACCGGAACUUCGUAACCGAAUCUACCACUAUGCUGACGAGGAAUUCGAAGAUCUUGAAUACCUACCUCUUCUCCGCCCUAGGAGUUUAUAUUCCCCAAAACCUUCGUGGAAGUUCUUCGGACUCGUCCAGAGCUGUAAACAAAUCCGCGCAGAGUACCGUCCGCUCUGGCUCAGCAACUCUCGAGUCCGAGUUCAACCUGAAAAUCUAGGUCCGUUCGUCGACGCUUUUUUCCCUGAUCUUACGGGUUUGAAGCAAGCGCCGGGGCUGCUAGAGAUCUCUUGGACUCAUCGCGAUAAUUACGAAUAUGUCUUGGACAUGGAAGUUGACUUAUACCACGGAUAUGAUAGGGACAUCAUAGAGCAACAAACCACCGAUCUCACGCCGCUUCUACGACUACAUGCCAAUUGUCCUUCGUUCCACAGCGAGUUUGUCCCACACAAACUUAUGCAUGGAUGGUCACCUGGCGAUAUGUGUGACGACUGCGCGAAAGAUGGUUGGGACUCUGCCGACGAAGAAGAUAUCAUGGCAUUUCGGGAUGAGUGCCCGUGUCAAGAGGUAGAUAGGGAGAACUGGGAGAACGAGAAGCAUGGAGAGAUGGAUUACGUGCAAAUUAUCGAACGCUUUCUCUCAAACACCAACGAAGCGUGGCUCAAGGACAUACAAGAACAUCGAGUAGAGGUUAGUUGUUUCUGGACCUUGUGUGGAGCUAGUGGAGAUGGCAUGAAAGAGGGUGGGCCGUGGACGCCUAUGACCGAGACGUGGGUUUUCAGGAUUCGCUUCCACAGAGACAGUGUUCCAAAGGUCUUACUUCAAGACAACCCAAGAAAGGCCGUAUUGGAGUAUCUCAAAGAUCGAGAUUUCACCGCCUAUGCACAGAGUGUGAACUGGUACCAGGUAAAGAUAUCGGUCGAAUUCCAGACCAAGUACAACCCAAAAAUCCAUUUUGGGCCAGACGAAACUCCCGACAAUAAUGGAUACGUACAUCACGACGUUGGUUUCUUGCUGCUCAUGUAUAAUCAAGACACAGAUGAGAUACAUCCAAACCCGGCAGUCUCAUGAUAAGCUUCGAGGAGGUUCAAAACGAACAAUAGCAGUACAUAAUAG